UACAUCAAACCUCCAAAGAGUCUUCAAUAUUAAAAACGCACAAGUGCGUAAUUAAAUUAUCAAUUAUCUCGCUCACACUCAUUGUCAGAGCACACAGCAGCGGGAGCACCGGGGCAUGGGCAGGGUUGCCAGCUCUUGAGUGUUAUUCCGUGUGGGAGGAGGAGGAGGAGGCUGGGUGUGUUUGAGAGUAUCUAGCCUUCUCUCUUCACACGCUCUGCUGUGCGCACUGACUGAAGACAAAGCGCAGAGAGGAGUCCACCUCUCCAUGUGAUGUGCAGCCGCUCAGUAACAGUAAUCUCAGAUACUGCCCCUCGUAAAAAAAAAAAAAAAGAAGAAGAAGAAGAAAAAAAACAUUUUAUUAACGCUGCAUGCGGACAGUUAAGUGCGUCUCUGCUUUUUUGAGUGUUUCAACUCAAUCAGUGCUCCCACCUCUCCAGCCUCAACAUUUGUGAAGUGGCUGCCUCACCCGCUCGGACCGGAGGCCGUCUGGUCUCCGAUCUGGUCUCCGGAGUCACCGGAGAGUCCACGCGCUCCGUCAGGGCCAAGCUGUGCGGCUCGCGGAUCAGACCCGAGCCGCCACGAUCACUGGCCAUGGAGAUGAUGGAAGGAGACGUUACGGACAAAUUAGAUGACAUGUCUUCGGUGUACGACUUCGACCCGAUCACCGGCAACAUCCCCGCCACCAAAGUAGAAAUCACCGUCUCCUGCAGAAAUCUGCUGGAUAAAGACACAUUCUCCAAGUCGGAUCCAUUAUGCGUGCUCUAUACGCAAGGUGUUGAAACCAAACAGUGGAGAGAGUUUGGAAGAACAGAAGUGAUAGACAACACCUUGAACCCAGACUUUGUUCGAAAGUACAUCUUGGACUACUUUUUUGAGGAGAAGCAAAACCUUCGCUUCGACUUGUAUGAUUCGACUCUAAAAAGCCCAGACCUGUCCAAACAUGACUUUUUGGGUCAGACGUUCUGUACUCUCGGGGAGAUUGUUGGAUCACCAGCCAGUCGACUGGAGAAAUCAAUGGGGGGGAUCCAAGGGAAGAAAUGUGGCACUAUCGUCCUGUCCGCAGAGGAGCUGAGCAAUUGUCGAGACAGCGCCACGAUGCAGUGCUGUGCCAACAAACUGGACAAGAAAGACUUCUUCGGCAAGUCGGACCCUUUCAUGGUCUUCUACAGAAGCAACGAGGACGGAACGUUUACUAUCUGCCAUAAAACUGAGGUGGUGAAGAACACAUUAAAUCCAGUGUGGCAGCCUUUCGCUAUCCCAGUACGAGCGCUCUGCAAUGGAGACUACGACAGAACAAUCAAGGUGGAGGUGUACGAUUGGGAUAGAGAUGGCAGCCACGACUUCAUUGGGGAUUUUACGACAAGCUACCGAGAGCUAGCUCGAGGGCAGAGCCAGUUUAAUGUGUAUGAGGUGAUUAACACCAAGAAGAAAAUGAAGAAAAAGAAAUAUGCCAACUCUGGGACAGUGACUUUGCUCUCCUUUUCAGUGGAGUCAGAGUUCACGUUCUUAGAUUACAUCAAAGGAGGAACGCAGAUCAAUUUCACCGUGGCCAUUGAUUUCACAGCAUCUAAUGGUAACCCCUCCCAGUCGACUUCGCUGCACUACAUGAAUCCCUACUCGCUGAACGCCUAUGCCAUGGCCCUGAAGGCUGUAGGGGAGAUAAUUCAGGACUACGACAGCGACAAGAUGUUCCCCGCUUUGGGCUUUGGAGCCAAACUGCCCCCCGACGGACGGGUUUCUCACGAGUUUCCUCUGAAUGGAGACAUUGAAAAUCCGUACUGCAACGGCAUCGAGGGGAUCUUAGAGGCAUACCACCAGAGUCUGAAGACAGUGCAGCUGUACGGGCCAACGAACUUCGCUCCUGUGGUGAAUCAUGUUGCCAGGUACGCAGCAGCGGUGCAGGACGGCUCUCAGUACUUUGUGCUCCUCAUCAUCACAGACGGCGUCAUUUCCGACAUGGCACAGACCAAAGAGGCCAUUGUAAAUGGUGCCAAGCUUCCCAUGUCCAUCAUCAUAGUUGGUGUUGGUCAGGCAGAGUUUGACGCUAUGGUGGAGCUGGAUGGUGAUGACAUCCGGGUCUCGUCCCGGGGGAAACUGGCAGAGAGAGACAUUGUUCAGGGGAAGAGGAAUGCAACAUACACCUAA